CGGGACAGCCCUGGCAGAGUCGGGCGGCGGCGCCCUCCCGGGUCCUGGCGCAGCGGCAGCCGGCGGGAGCCGGAAAGGUAGCAUGGCCCGGGGCUGCCCGCGCCUCUGGGUCCUGGUGGUCCUGAGCGCCAGCUGGGCGGGCUGGGCGCGCCCCGGGGCCGACGCCGCGCAGCUGAGGCAGUUCUACAUAGAUUAUUUUCCAAUAGAAAUUGUUCAGAUCAAAAUAUACAUACCUCAGUAUGACUAUCCAAUACACAUGGUAAAACAUAUCAGGAAACACACUGCUCUUGAAAUUACUCCACAUCAAAGACUGAUUUUUCUUAUUUUGUAUUUUAUUUCCAGUUUGAAUCCUUUGGCAACUUCUUUUAAGAAAAUUGUCUACAGAGAGUAUGAAGCAUAUUUUAAGAAAGAAAAGCCACGAUCUAGCAUUUCAGGACUUCUUGGGCCUACUUUAUAUGCUGAAGUCGGAGAUAUCAUGAAAGUUCACUUUAAGAAUAAGGCAGACAAGCCCUUAAGUAUCCAUCCUCAAGGAAUUAAGUACAGUAAAUUAUCGGAAGGUGCUUCCUACACUGACCACACCUUCCCUGUGGAGAAGAUGGAUGAUGCUAUAGCUCCUGGCCAAGAAUAUACCUAUGAGUGGACUAUCAGUGAGGACAGUGGACCCACACAAGAUGACCCUCCGUGCCUCACACACAUCUACUACUCCCAUGAAAAUCUGACACAGGACUUCAACUCUGGGCUGAUUGGACCUCUGCUUAUCUGUAAAAAAGGCACCCUAACUGAGGACGGGACUCAGAAGAUGUUUGACAAGCAACUUGUGCUGCUGUUUGCUGUGUUUGAUGAAAGCAAGAGCUGGAGCCCGUCAUCAUCCCUAAUGUACACAGUCAAUGGCUACAUGAAUGGAACAAUGCCAGAUAUAAUGGUUUGUGCCCAUGACCACAUCAGCUGGCAUCUAAUUGGAAUGAGCUCUGGGCCAGAAAUGUUCUCCAUUCAUUUCAAUGGUCAGGUCCUGGAGCAGAACCAUCACAAAGUGUCGGCCAUCACUCUCGUCAGUGCUACAUCCACUACCGCAAACAUGACUAUGAGCCCAGAGGGAAAGUGGAUCGUAUCUUCUCUCACCCCAAAACACUUGCAAGCUGGGAUGCAGGCUUACAUUGACAUUAAAAACUGCCCAAAGAAAACCAGGAAUCCUAAGAAAAUAACUCGUGAGCAGAGGCGGCACAUGAAAAGAUGGGAAUACUUCAUUGCUGCAGAGGAAGUCAUCUGGGACUACGCGCCUAUAAUACCAACGAAUAUGGACAAAAAAUACAGGUCUCUGCACUUGGAUAAUUUCUCAAACCAAAUUGGAAAACAAUAUAAGAAAGUUAUUUACAGACAAUAUGAAGAUGAGUCCUUCACCAAACGUAUAGACAGACCCAGUAUCAAAGAAGAUGGGAUUUUGGGUCCUGUUAUCAGAGCCCAGGUCAGAGACACUCUCAAAAUCGUGUUCAAAAAUUCGGCCAGCCGCCCCUAUAGCAUUUACCCUCACGGAGUGACCUUCUCUCCUUAUGAAGAUGAAGUCAACUCUUCCUCCAUUUCAGGUAGAAGUAACACCAUGAUCAGAGCAGUUCAGCCAGAAGAAACUUACACUUAUAAAUGGAACAUCCUAGAGUUUGAUGAACCCACAGAAAACGAUGCCCAGUGCUUAACAAGACCAUACUACAGUGAUGUUGACAUGAUGAGAGACAUUGCCUCUGGUCUAAUAGGACUACUUCUGAUUUGUAAGAGCAGAUCCCUGGAUAUGCGAGGCAUACAGAGGGCAGCAGACAUUGAACAGCAGGCUGUGUUUGCUGUGUUUGAUGAGAACAAGAGCUGGUACAUUGAGGACAACAUCAACAAGUUUUGUGAGAAUCCUGAUGAGGUGAAACGUGACGACCCCAAGUUUUAUGAAUCAAACAUCAUGAGCACUAUCAAUGGCUAUGUGCCUGACAGCAUACACACUCUAGGGUUCUGCUUUGAUGACACGGUUCAGUGGCACUUCUGCAGUGUGGGGACUCAGGAUGACAUUUUGACCAUUCACUUCACUGGGCACUCAUUCAUCUAUGGAAAGAGACAUGAGGACACCUUGACCCUCUUCCCCAUGCGUGGAGAAUCUGUGACUGUCACAAUGGAUAACGUUGGAACUUGGCUGUUAACCACCAUGAAUUCUAAUACAAGAAGCAAAAAUCUAAGGCUGAGAUUCAGAGAUGUUAAAUGUAUCCGCAAUGAGGGUGAAGACUCAUAUGAGAUGUAUGCACCUCCAGCAUUUUCAGGCAUGGCUACACGGAAAAUGCAUGAUUCUUCAGAAAAUGAAGAUACAAAGGAUAAUAGUGAAUAUGAUUACCAGGACUUACUGGCUUCAGUAUUAGGAAUUAGGUCAUUCAGAAACUCAUCAUUGAAUUGGGAGGAAGAUGAGUUCAAUCUUACUGCCCUAGCUCUAGAGAACAGCUCUGAAUUCAUUCCCCCAAGUACAGAUACAGCUGAUCGUUCAAAUUCUUCUUCCCCAAGUAAUAUUAGCAGGCUCAUUAUUAGCAACUCCACUGAACCUCAGAAAACACUUCAUUACCCAGGAACCACUACAGCUGGCCCCCAAUGGGGGCCCCUCGUUGACUUAGACAACAAUUCAGUGCUUAACUCUUCCACAGCAGAGCAUUUUAACCCUUAUUCUGAAGACCCUGUAGAUGAUCCUCUACAGUCAGAUGUCAUGGGGAUAAGCCUACUUCCACUUGCUCUAGGAAGAUUCACAAGGCAAGAACAAGCAAAACAUAAGGAACCCAGGAAGGAAAAAGACCAGGCAGAAAAGCACAGGUUCUCCUGGAUGGAAUCACCAGCACAUGAAAUGGGGAGCCAUUUAAGCCAAAGCAGUAAUUCUCCUCCCAGAAUGCAGCCCUGGGAGGACCUUUCUGGUGAUCUGUUACUUUUAAAACAAAAGAAUCCAUCUAAGAUUUUGAAUGAUAAAUGGCAUUUGGUUUCUGAGAAAGGUAGCUAUGAAAUAAUACAAGAUACUGAUAAAGACAAGGCUUUUAAUAAGCUGCUGACCAACCCCCAGAAUGCCUCAAGUUCUUGGGGAGAAAGCACUCCUCUUACAAAUAAACCUGGAGAGCAAAGUGGUCGCCCAGAGCUUUCUAGAGUUAGGCAUACAUCUCUACAAGUAACACAGAAUGGAGGAAAUCGUGGAUUGAAGAAAAGCCCCUUUUUCAUUAGGACACGAAAAAAGAAAAAGGAAAAGUCUGUUCCUUUAUCUCCAAGGAGCUUUAACCCGCUAAGAAGUGAGGCCUCUGCCACGUUUUCAGACAGAAGACUGGGUCAUUCAUUGUUAUUCCAUAAGUCCAAUGAAACAUCUCUUUCCAUAGACCUCAAUCAGACACUGCCCACAAUAAGCCUUGGCCUGAUAGCCUCACUUCCUGACCAUAAUCAGGACCUCCCAAAGAAUGCUGGUCAGACAAACUCCUCUCCUGGAUUUUAUCAGACGGUGUCCCCAGAGGAACACUAUCAAACAUUCCCCAUUCAAGACCCUGAUCAAAUGCUUUCUACUACAGACCCCAGGUCCAGGUCCUCUCCUCCAGGGCUUGACCAGAUGCUCACGUAUGACCUAAGUCUCAAGCCCUUCUCUGUUGACAUUGGUCAAAUGUCCCCUUCUUCAGAACAUAAAGUGUGGCAGGCAACUGUCUUUCCAGAUCUUAGACAGACAACCCUUUCCCCAGACCUCAGUCAGAUGCCCCUUUCUCCAGACCUCAGUCACACAAGCCUUUCUCCAGACCUCAGUCAGGAAAACCUUUCCCCAGACUUUAGUCAGAUUCCCCUUUCCCCAGAUCUCCACCAGAUGGCGCCCUUUCCAGACCUUGGUCAGAUGCCCCUCUUUCCAGAACUCAGUGAGACAACCCCUUCCCCAGACCUAGGUCAAAUACACUUUUCCCCAGACCUCAACCAGAUGACCCUUUCUCCAGAUCUUGGUGAGGCAAACCUUUCCCCAGACUUUAGUCAGAUACCCUUUUCCCCAGACCUCAGCCAAGUGACUCUCUCUCCAGACAUCAGUCAGGUGACACUUCGUCCCGAUCUCAAGCAGACAUCGCCUCCUCCUGACCUUGAUCAGACAUCCUACCCUUUUGAGUCUAAGCAGUCAUUGCCUCUUCCAGAAUCUAGUGAGACUGUUCCUUACCCAGACCUUGAUCAGAUGCCAUCUCCACCAUCAUCUCCUACACUUAAUGAUACUUUUUUAUCAGAGAAGUUUAAUCCAGUGGUGAUAGUAGGCCUCAGUAAAGAUGGUGAAGAUUACAUUGAGUUUAUUCCAAGGCCAGAUGACCACAGCAGUGAAGAAGACGAAGUUAAAACUGAUUAUGUGUCCUAUGAUGACCCCUACAAAACUGAUACUAGGACAGACACCAACUCCUCCAGAAAUCCUGACAACAUUGCAGCAUGGUACCUCCGCAGCAACAAUGGAAACAGAAAAAAGUAUUACAUUGCUGCCGAAGAAAUAUCCUGGGAUUAUUCAAAAUUUGUACAACGUGAAAUAGAUAAUGAAGACACUGAUGAUAUUCAAAAAAACACCAUAUAUAAGAAAGUAGUUUUUCGAAAGUACCUUGACAGCACUUUCACCAAACGUGAUCCUCAGGGGGAAUAUGAAGAGCAUCUUGGCAUUCUUGGACCUAUUAUUAGAGCAGAAGUGGAUGAUGUUAUCCAAGUUCACUUUAAAAACUUAGCAUCCAGACCUUAUUCUCUUCAUCCCCAUGGGCUUUCCUAUGAAAAAUCAUCAGAGGGAAAGACAUAUGAAGAUGAUUCUCCUGAGUGGUUUAAGGAAGACAAUGCUGUUCAGCCAAACAGCAGUUAUACGUACGUAUGGCACGCCACCGAGCGAUCAGGGCCAGAGAGCCCUGGCUCUGCCUGUCGGGCCUGGGCCUACUACUCAGCAGUGAACCCGGAAAAAGAUAUCCACUCAGGCCUGAUAGGUCCCCUUAUGAUCUGUCGAAAAGGAACACUUCAUAAAGAGAGCAACAUGCCUGUGGACAUGAGAGAAUUUGUCUUACUUUUUAUGGUCUUUGAUGAAAAGAAGAGCUGGUACUAUGAGAAGAAGUCCAAAAAGUCUUGGAGUCUCACAUCCUCGGAAGUAAAAAACUCCCAUGAGUUUCAUGCCAUUAAUGGGUUGAUUUACAACUUGCCGGGCCUGAGGAUGUACGAGCAAGAGUGGGUGAGGUUACACCUGCUGAACAUAGGCGGCUCUCAAGACAUCCAUGUGGUUCACUUUCAUGGUCAGACCUUGCUGGAAAAUGGCAAUCAGCAGCACCAGUUAGGCGUCUGGCCCCUUCUACCUGGUUCAUUUAAAACUCUUGAAAUGAAGGCAUCAAAACCUGGCUGGUGGCUCCUAAACACAGAGGUUGGAGAAAACCAGAGGGCAGGGAUGCAAACACCAUUUCUUGUCAUAGACAGAGAAUGUAAGAUGCCAAUGGGACUAAGCACUGGUAUCAUAUCUGAUUCACAGAUCAAGGCUUCGGAGUAUCUGGGUUAUUGGGAACCCAGAUUAGCAAGAUUAAACAAUGGUGGAUCAUAUAAUGCUUGGAGUGUAGACAGACUUGCAGUAGAAUUUGCUUCUAAACCUUGGAUCCAGGUGGACAUGCAAAGGGAAGUUGUGCUCACAGGGAUCCAGACCCAAGGCGCCAAGCACUACCUGAAGUCCUGCUAUACCACAGAGUUCUAUGUGGCCUACAGCUCUGACCAGACCAACUGGCAGAUCUUCAAAGGGAACAGCACAAGGAAUGUGAUGUAUUUUGAUGGCAAUUCAGAUGCCUCUACAAUAAAGGAGAAUCAGUUUGAUCCACCUAUUGUGGCUAGAUAUAUUAGGAUCUCUCCAACUAGAUCCUAUAACAGACCUACCCUUCGAUUGGAGUUACAAGGCUGUGAGCUUAAUGGAUGCUCCACACCACUGGGUAUGGAAAAUGGAAAGAUAGAAAAUAAGCAAAUCACAGCUUCCUCGUUUAAAAAAUCUUGGUGGGGAGACUUCUGGGAACCGUCCUACGCCCGUCUUAAUGCCCAGGGACGUGUGAAUGCCUGGCAAGCCAAGGCAAACAACAACAAACAGUGGUUACAAAUUGAUCUACUCAAAAUCAAGAAGAUAACUGCAAUUGUAACUCAGGGCUGCAAGUCUCUGUCCUCUGAAAUGUAUGUGAAGAGCUAUACCAUCUACUACAGUGAUCAGGGAGUGGAAUGGAAACCUUACAGGCAGAAGUCCUCAAUGGUGGAUAAGAUUUUCGAAGGAAACAGUAAUACCAGAGGACAUGUGAAAAACUUUUUCAAUCCCCCAAUCAUGUCCAGGUUUAUCCGUAUCAUUCCUAAAACAUGGAAUCAAAGCAUUGCACUUCGCCUAGAACUCUUUGGCUGUGAUAUCUACUAGAAUUGAAUAUUAAAAAAGACAAGAGACUCUUUAGAAUGGGCAGUGUAUUUUAUGGCUAUUUUAAAUGUUAACAAUUUUCUACUAUUUCUCCUUUUUCUAUUAUAGAAUAAAAUUUUAUAUGAGAAGCUUGUAUAAGGUAACUCCUUACCAUUAAGUGAGAUGGUGGCUAUUUUUCUGCACUAAUUUCAAUAUUAAUUAAAAUAGAUUAAGAACCAACAAGAAAAUGGCAUAUCUUUCACAAUGAUUAAAAAUGCUACAAAGUAA